AUGGAGGAAAGGGAAUCGAAUCGACUCGAAUCGGUUCGAAUCGGUUCGAAUCGGUUCGAAUCGGUUCGAAUCGGUUCGAAUCGGUUCGAAUCGGUUCGAAUCGGUUCGAAUCGGAUCGAAUCAAGCGGGUAGCUAACAAGAGUCAAGCGGGUAGCUAACAAAAAUUUUUUAAAAAAGUUACAGAUUUGGACAAAUCCAAAAAUGUAAAAAAAAGCUUAGUAAGCCACCCAGAAGCAACUUUAAAGCUAAAAAAAUUGAAAGAAAAUUUUUAACACUGUUAAAAAAGGCUUAGGCUUAGUAACCACCCAGAAGUAACUGUGAAGGCGAAAACCCCAAUUUUUCAUUCCAGAUUUUUAUUAAAAAUUUAAAAAAAAAAAAUGGAGGGAAGGGAAUCGAAUCGACUCGAAUCGGUUCGAAUCGGUUCGAAUCGGUUCGAAUCGGUUCGAAUCGGUUCGAAUCGACUCGAAUCGGUUCGAAUCGGUUCGAAUCGGUUCGAAUCGACUCGAAUCGGUUCGAAUCGACUCGAAUCGGAUCGAAUCAAGCGGGUAGCUAACAAGAGUCAAGCGGGUAGCUAA